AUUUACCUCUCCACCUUUGACACAAGGCAACUGGGUAGGGAAAGAGCAAGACUUUUUAGAUUAAGCCCAGAACAGAGGUAUCUCUCCAAUGAGGAGGUGGCCCUUGGUUCUGGGAACGGGGCUUGGAGGAGGAAUGGCAAUGCAGUUUGGGUGUUCAGGAUCUAGGAAUGGGGGAGAGCCUUGGGAGCUUAGGAACAGGAGAAAGGAAAAGCUCUGCCAGUUCUCACCCAGUGGCCCUGUGCUCAGCAGGUACUAGCAGGGACUGAAGGUUCUGUGACUGAGGAAUCAGACCAGCUCAAAUAGCCACAGCUGCCAUGUAGCAUGUGGGCUUCACUAGGAUAUGAGGGCAUUAUGAAGAAAGGGGCAGAAAAACUCACUGUUUAGUUUCCAUGUAAGAGUUUAUUGUCCUGAAUUCCUGAUGGUUCAGUGGAAAGCAGAAGAGUCUUUUUCACGUGUUGAGUUCUGCCCCAUAUGCAUGGUUGUGGUAUAGGAAGAUGGGGUAUGUUGAUUUGAAGCCCCAAAGGGCAUACUCCUAACAUUCGGGAGUGGUUUCUCAAUACUGACCUUACCUGAGAAAAGCUUAGUGAAGGAAAAUGAGCAACAGUCAGGAAUGGCUCUUUCUCUGGUAAAAGUCCUAUUUUCAUUUAUUGUUUGUUCUCUCCUUCCUGAAAUGCUGUUUUGAGGACAUGCUAAUCUCUGACUCUCAAAUAUCCUACCUAACACAUUUCCUAACUCACCAAUAGCCUUACCUUAGCCCCUUCUUAUCUUCUGACUGAUACCAUUAUAUUGUGAACCUGUGAAAGAACUAGUGAAGUGAUUUCGUUUAGGGGGUCAUAUGGGUGGGGCUUCACACCCAGACAUGGAGUAAAGAUGGGGAGUGUGCCCCAUGAGGUAAAUGAGGUUGGCCAGUAGGGAUUUAUUUCAGGGGCCAAUCUGGAUGCACUCAGCUCUUUGUGGAUCAGGAUUAAAGAAACAUUAGUGGUGAAUUAAUGUCAGGAAUACCUGACAAAUCCUGGAAAAGAAGAUUGAUGAGAAGAACUUUGUUCUACCUGAUUAUGUAAUGCAUUUGAAGCUUAACAACGAAUCAGUGUAUAUCUGGCCUCAAAAUAUUAAUGACUUGGGAGAGAAGGGAGAAUUUACAAACUGAGCCAUGACAGGUUAAGGUGGCAGUUCAUCCACAGGGUAGAGUGUGUUUUAUUCUGUUAUUGCUUGAAAAUGGAAUCAACCUAAAUGUAGGAGGAUUUUCAAAUCAUUCACAGCAUAUUCCAAGGAAACCUUGGUGUUCAUGGAUUUCUAAAGAUUGCUGCAUUGGAUGCUUCUUAGCACACUGACUUCUCUGCAGAUGUCUGAGGGUUCCUCCACUUUGGGAAUGUGAGCCUCAGCGAAUGGACUUACUUUUCACAUAGAGACAGAAGAGAAACCUUGAAGUGAUGCAUGGCACAGUCUCCUCCUUCCCCCAGGAAGAAGGACCUUUGGACCUGACCUGACCUUCAGGCCCUGAAAUCUGCAAGCCUGCUGCCUUCUCCAGUCCAGUCCACCCCACUCACCUGCCUUCAGUCUGCUCUCACCUUCUGGAACACAACAGAUUUGCCACCUUAGCGCUUGGACUGUGUGAGUGAAAACCCAGUGGCUGUGCUAGUGAUAAUGCAAUCACAGGAAUCCAUGACCUUUGAGGAUAUAGUUGUAGACUUCACCCAGGAAGAAUGGGACCUGCUGGACACAUCCCAGAGAAAGCUGUUUAGAGAUGUGAUGCUAGAGAACAUUAGUCAUCUAGUCUCUGUUGGCAAACAGCUCUGCAAAUCAGGUGUGCUUUUCCCUUUGGAGCAAGGAAAAGAACUCUCAGAAGGAAUAAGUGUUCUGCAAGGCCAGAGUCCAGGUAUGGAAGGUUACCCUAUAAAACGAGAAAUGAUAUCCAUGCAACACACCUAUAAAAAGGACACAUCCAUGAAUGGUGCAAUGCAGAGACCUCAUACUCAAGAAGAUUCUUCUGAAUGUAAUGAUUUGGGAGAGGAUUUCACUGAACAUAUUACAUUGACUCAAAAUGUGAUGACUCACAUGGGAAAGAUACAUUGUGUAAGCAAAGAAUUUGGGAAAUCUUUCAGUGACUGGUCAUUCUUUAAUCAACAUAAGGAAAUACACACUAGCUAUAAAUCAUGUGAAAGUCAUCUGUGUGGUUAUGCCUUUAUUCAAAGUUCUUCCCUUAGAUCACACAAUAAGACUCACUCUGGAGAGAUAACAUUUGAAUGUCAUGUAUGUGGGAAAAUCUUCAGUAAAAGUUCUAAUCUUAGACGACAUGAGAUGAUUCACACUGGACAGAAGCCACAUGGAUGUCACCUAUGUGGGAAGGCCUUCACUCAUUGCUCUGACCUUAGAAAACAUGAGAGAACUCACACUGGAGAGAAACCAUAUAGAUGUCAUCUAUGUGGGAAAGCCUUCAGUAAAAGUUCGAAUCUUAGACGACAUGAGGUGAUUCACACUAGAGAGAAAGUACAUGGGUGUCAUCUAUGUGGGAAAGCAUUCUCUAAUUGCUCUGACCUUAGAAAACAUGAGAGAACUCACUUUGGGGAGAAACCAUAUGGGUGUCAUCUAUGUGGAAAGGCUUUCAGUAAAUGUUCUUAUCUUAGACAACAUGAGAGAACUCACAGUGGAGAGAAACCAUAUGAAUGUCAUCUGUGUGGAAAAGCCUUCUCUCAAUGUUCUCACCUUAAACAACAUGAGAGGAGUCACAAUGGAGAGAAACCACACGGAUGUCAUUUUUGUGGAAAAGCCUUCACUGAAUCUUCUGUGCUUAAACGACAUGAGAGAACUCACACUGGAGAAAAACCAUACAACUGUCAUGUAUGUGGCAAAGCCUUCACGGAAUCUUCUGACCUUAGACGACACAAGAGAACUCACACUGGAGAGAAACCGUAUGAAUGCCAUCUGUGUGGAAAAGCCUUCAAUCACUCUUCUGUCCUUAGACGACAUGAGAGAACACACACUGGAGAGAAACCAUAUGAAUGCAAUAUAUGUGGUAAAGCCUUCAAUAGAAGUUAUAAUUUUAGACUUCAUAAGAGAGUUCACACUGGAGAGAAACCAUAUAAAUGUGCUCUAUGUGGGAAAGCCUUCAGUAAAUGUUUUAACCUUAGACAACAUGAGAGAACUCACACUAUAAAGACAAUAAAUGUGGACGAUUCUUCAGACAUAGCUUCAACCCCUAAAUACACUAGAGGACUAACACAUUGAAGAAACAUUAUGUCUGUAAUUGUGGAAGAAGCUUUAGCCAUCAUUACUGCUUCACUCAACCUAAGUUAGUUUAAGAUGGAGAGAUUCCAUAUGUAUUUUAUCUAUGUGGCUCAAACUGUAGACAUUGGACUGAUCAUGUACAGCAUGAGAGAACUCACACUAUAAAUCAAAUGAAUAUGGAAGAAUCUUUAUCCACAGCUCUGUUUAACAAAAGGGGGGAAGCACAUCUCAGAGAAAUUCUGUGCUUGUCAACAAUGUGGAAAUAACCUCAUUUAUAAUUCAUCCUUUAAAGAAUUGAAUAAAAUCCACAAGAGAAGAACCCUAACUGCAAUUGCUGUACACUCUUAUUUAGCUAAACACCAGUCUUGGUAUGCACAAGAAAAUUCAGCGUGGGGUAACUGCUCAAACAGUAAAUAAGUGAAAAUAUUUGUUGCUAGGUAGAUGAAGCCUCUUGGACAAUUCCAGAUAUUCAUAGUGGAGAAGUUAUUCAAUGAGAAAUUGUUUUAUUAAUAGAGUAACACUUAUAUAUUAGGCCAGGAUUCACAUGGUAUAAAACACUCCCAAUGUCAUGAAUGAAGGAAACUCUUCAGUUAUUACUUAUUCCUUAGUUAAUAGCAGUAUUUGGCCACUGAGGAGAAAACAGUCUGAUACAAAAGUGGAAAAGCCUUCAUGUAGAUUUCAUGUCUGAAAAGUCAAACUGUAAGAAAAAUUUAAAAAGCCAUUAAGCAUAUGAUUUUGCAAAAAAUUGGAAUUUUGACCAAAGAUUUGUUGUUGAAAACAUGUAGGAUAAAAUGUAAAAUUCUGAAGUGAUCUGGGAGUAUUGAAUGCAGAAUUUUGUAAUAAGUAACAAAGAUUAAACACAAUUAGUAGUGGCAGAAAUGCAGGUAGUAAGUGCUGUUGCUGAAUAAUCUAAUGUUAUCUAAUGUUGGUAAAAUUCUAGGCUUUUUAUACAGUUUUAAACACAUAAAUUGGGGCCAAUUAGAAAAUAACAUUGAAUAGAACUGAUACAUGUAGAACACAAAAAUUAUAUGUCCUAACUAUAAUAUUAGUGGUAUAUGUGUACAUGGCAAUGAUAAAAUGAAACAUCGAUUAUUAAACACACACUUAACAGGUAAAAUGUCAUGGUACAUAACUUUGCCUCCUUUAUUUAGAAACCACUUUAUUGAAGUGUAAUUGACAGUACAAGAACGUAUACAUGUUUAAUGUGUACAACUUAGAGAUACAUUUACACUCAUGAAAUCAUAUAUGCCAUCUAAGCCAUAAACACAUUUAUCCCCUCCAAAGGUUUUGUCCUUUGCUCUUUUCAUUAUUUUUUCUUUGUGAUAAAAAUACUUACAUAAGGUCAACCAUCAUAGCAAAUUUUUAAGUAAAUAUUACAGUGUUAAAUAUAGGCAGUAUGUUGUAAAAUUUACCUCCUUUUAAAAUUUAAUACUGCAAAAUAUUUAAAGUAAUUGGAAAUGAAUCUAUUCAAAUAAAAAUUGGCAGUCCUUUGUAAUUGUGGGUACAUUAGUGUGAACAUUUCCCAGAAAUCAGAAUCAGAGUGUCAUUCUGUGCAAUAGAAUUUUGUUGCCAAGGGCUUUUUUCUAAAACAAAUGAGGACAUGGAAGAAGAGUGGAGACAUUUGGAGUAUCCUAUUUUCAGGAUGCCUUAUAUACUUACACUAAUUUAUGUAAUAAAAAAAAGCACUGACCCUUCUAGGGACAGGCAGAAUACUGUUUAGCAAAGGUGGCAGAAUAGAAAGGAGCCAUGACAAUCUGAUCUUGCACAUAUUUUCCAGUGACAAUGACCAUGAAUCUACAAAUCACCAACUAGAAAUGAGUCUCUCGAGUCCCAGCCCCUCCAUACAUGCAGAGGCUGAGAAAUAAAGUUGGAGCUUCUCUACCAGAAUGACAAGAGAAGGCUCCGUUCUUGGGUACACAUUUGGAAAUUAUUAAUAUCCCUGUUUCAAACAUGGGAAAACAGAACAUAGAUGCUUAUAAUUAAUCUAGCCCAUGUUUUUCUGAGGGAUAUGCAACACCCUCCUCAAAUAUUUCUGUGCUCUAGUUUGUAUAUUUUAUGUGGCUGCUUUUAUAAGUUUGCAAAUGUUUUCUAUGUGUAAUGUUUGUUAAACACCUCCACCCAUGGACCAUAGCUUGUCAAACUCAGCACUUGUGCACUUCUUUAUCUUUUCAGUCACUUCUUACUAUUUUCUCUAUUUUGCACUACAUACUUACAGUUACUAUAAAUUACUUUUCUCCUGA